AUGAUGAGCAAUAUUGAUUCGGACGAUGACAUGAAUAUCGAGGCUCUGGAAGAGCUUCUAGGCUCGAACACUGCGGAUAUGGACGAAAUUGAGAAGAAUGCAGAAUUAGAUGACGCAGAUGCCGCUUUCUUUGAUCAACUAGAGGAUCAGAUUGAAGAUCUCAAUGGUCACCCGAAUGGAGAUGCAGACGGUACGGCCAUGAAUAUGGAUUUUACAGAGCCUGAUUUGAGUGUUUCAGAGUCAACUUUCCCAGAGGAGCCAACUAUUCCCAAGCCCUUGGAAAGUGCUGAGGAAAGUCCGAUGGCCAUAUCAUUCGAGACGCCCGAGGAUGAUCCAGUUGAAGAUGAUUUAAAUCCAAACGUUCCAGCCGAAACAGAAGUCGAUUCAUUGCCCGGCUCAUCGCAUUCAAUGCAAUCUCAAGCGCUAGAUAGCGACGACGAUACAGAGCUUAUGGAUAAGAAAGACGAACCCAUCGACCAGCUUAUCGAAGCGUUGAAGGAAGAAGAGGAACAAAGGGAAUCCUCCGCUACUGCCGCGCCCGAAACUGAAGGCGAAGCCAGUAUUUCAAAAAGCAUUGAUGUAUUCUCAAAACUAUUGCCAUCACAUUCUGUCGACGGUCCAACGAACUUGAGCGCCGAUCUUCAGGCCACUGCAAAAGCUUUAGCAGAAGUCAGUCCAAACUUUGCAAUUGGAGUCAAGGGAAAACAAUCUGGUUUGUUCGGUAGAUUUCGUCGAUCUGGCGUUCCGGCAUCCACCAAUGAAGACGAAAAAGAUAAGGCGAAAGAAGAUGGGAAAGCAGAUGCUGAUGGCAAAGAAGAAGAAGAUGAAACGAAGAAAUCUCCAAAGGCAUCGAAGUUAGGUUUCUUUGGUGGCUUUGGAGGGAAAGCAAAUCCAGAAAAAGAAGAAACAGUAGACGAAGUAGCAGCUGAAAAUGGUGCAGAGAAGGGGGAAGAGGAGAAGGAUGCGGAAACUGCCUCCAGUUCAAAGAUUGGAUUCUUCAGUGCUUUCCGAGCAAGUCCAAAGUCUGAGACCCAGGAAACUUCAAAGGAGGACGAAGGCGAAAAUGACGCAGGGAGAGAAGGAGAAGGAGACGAAGAAAAGAGUAUUGAUAGUCCAAGUUUCUUCAGUGUUUUCCGGGGGAACCCGAACCAAAGCAGCGAAGAUACCAAUGAUGAAGAAACCAAAAAUCACGCAGAAGAGAAGGGAGAAGAACAGGCAAAAAACGGAGAAACUGACUCUAGUUCCGGUGGUGGGUUGUUUGGUGUGUUCCGAACAAGUCCAAAGUCUGCCAGCUCAGCAACUCCAGGUGAUGAUGAGAAAUCGCAAAACGAGAAGGAAGAGACGACAAAAGUCAAGCCUACCUCACCCGAGUCAAGUAGUAGAUUCAAUGUUUUCCGGAAGUUGACCGAAGCCAAAAAGGACGAACAAAAGGCAACGAAUCUAAGUCCAUUUGAAGAACCGGAUGCCGAGCAAAUCCAAGUGGGAAAUCAAGUCCCACCAAAAAGUCCCACCACAACCGAAGAAGAAGUGGAAGAAGAUCCUCAAGAUUCAGCAGGACCUGGAAUGUUUGGUUAUGUCAGCCGAAAACGUGAAGAAUGGAACAGGCGAGGGACCAUUGACUUUCCAAAGACUGGUCCCUAUUCCGAGCGGACGGUGCGUGUUGGAAAACUAAUAUCGGAAGGAAGCUUUGCUACUACCUUUCAUGCAACCCAUUACGAGGACAGCCAGACCUUAUACGUGCUCAAACGCAUUAAUGUAUUGAAUGAUGCCACUCGGGAAGCAUGCGAAAAGGAAUCCAUCAUCUGCAAUGUACUAAGUGAUCACAAGGACUGCAUCAUACCAAUGCUUGGAUUUAUGGUCGACGAAGAGCAGCAUUUCUGCUAUAUGGUUUUUCCAUUCAUGCAUUUGUCAUUACAGGCGGAACUUGACGUCCAUUUUGCCAAAGAAGGCCUCCCUGCAAUACCACCAUGGGACGAGAAAGUAGCAUUGUACAUGUUUUAUCUUUUAUUACAUGCGGUCGACGCCUUGCAUGAGAUUGGUUACAGUCAUCGAAAUAUCCAAGUGGAGAAUAUUUAUCUAAGUAGUUGGAAGCGCCCCGUACUGUCAGGGUUCAAGAAUGCGGGACCACUAUCCAGAACCUGCUCGUCGGCCAAAGAAAUUUUUGAAAUUGCCAAUACAGCCAGUCAAUCCACGAGUAUGGCCUACCGACCUCCCGAGUUAUUUCCCGGAGCACUCAUGGUGGGACAUGAUCCCUUGAACUAUGGUUUGGUGGAUUGUUGGUCGCUUGGUUGUACCUUGUUUGCCAUGUUAUAUGGAGCCUCGCCCUUUGAAUGUACCUUUGAUCCAGAAACGGGAGCAAUGGUGAAACAAGAGUGCAAUCAAUUGUCGAUUUUGGCCGACCUUCCCUUUCCUCCAUCAGAGAGUGAACCAGGGAAAUGGUACUCGGACGAUGUAAAAGAGCUAUUUUCACUGAUACUGGAAAAGGAUCGAGCCAAACGAUCCUCUCUGGCAAUGAUCCAAGCAAAGGUAUCCUCACUGUUGACAAAGGGCAUUGACCCGGAAGAUGAUCCCGAUUUAUCAGAAACAACAGACAUGGAAGAUUUUCAAUACAAUGACAAGAAGCAAUAG